CAUCAUCAAUUCAUUUAAUUAGUAUCUUGUUGAGAGAGUAAGAGUAGAUGUCUAGCUCAAGUUGCAACAAGUCUUUCUGCAGCCACUACAUGCUUCUUAACCCUAAAGCCGCGGAGUUAGGCGAUGUUGUCAAGAUACUCUUCUCCAGCGACAUCGGAAAGAGGAAAUUCGUCGACUGCUCCAACGGCACCCAGGAGCCGUUGGAUCGGCGAUGGAUCAUUUUUAUUUCAGUGUUAUUCCAGAAAUUCUUGCAUGCAAACGCUAAGCCUUUGGCAGACUUUGGCAACGGUGUCGAACAUUGGCUCAAUUUGCUGUCUCGAAACAGAGGCUUUCUCGGUCUCAUCAACAAUACUUUCAAAGGGAAGGUCGUACAACCAGAUAAGACGUCGGCAAGUUUUAGGUCGUUCAUCGGAAACCUAGACAAACGGUUUGAGUUAGAUCCAACGAUUGGUUUCGGAGACAAGAGAUACUACGCCGCACUUUCUGUGAUGGCUUCCAAGGCAUCUUAUGAGAACAACAAUUUCAUCCAAGCUCUUGUCGACAACCGCUGGAAGAUGAAUUUGGUGAACUCGUACGAUUUCUGGAAUGAUUAUCAAGAAAAAGCCACAACACAAGCUUUCAUAAUGGACGACAAGAGAGGCACAAUUGUUGUAGCGUUUAAAGGAACAGGGCCAUUCAACGCGGACGAAUGGUCAUCCGACGUUGAUCUCUCUUGGUACGAGAUUCCAGGGAUUGGGAAGAUGCACGGCGGAUUCAUGAAGGCUCUCGGAUUGCUGAAAAGCCAAGGCUGGCCGCAGGAACAAGACCCCAAACUCCCUGAAACCGCCUAUUACGCCAUCCGGAAACAACUCAAGAAACUUAUGCAACAAAAUCAAAAGGCCAAAUUCAUAGUGACCGGGCACAGCUUGGGUGGUGCACUCGCGUUAUUAUUCCCCGCGAUUUUAGGUCUACAUGGAGAUUCAUUCUUGCUCAAUAGAUUGGAGGGCAUCUACACAUUUGGACAACCAAGAGUCGGAGAUGAAGAAUUCGGGAAAUACAUGACUGAGUUGAUCAAGAGGCAUAGUUUCCGAUGCGUUAGAUUCGUAUACAGCUACGAUGUGGUGCCAAGAUUGCCGUGCGAUAACGACACAUUCAUGUUCAAGCAUUUUGGAGCAUGCAUCUACUUCAACAGCCUCUAUAAAGGAAAAGUUGUAGAUGAAGAACCAGACAAAAAUUACUUUUCGAUGAUAUGGUGGUUACCAAAAUUAGUUAAUGCAUGGUGGGAGUUGAUUAGAAGUUUCUUGAUAAAGUAUGUGAAAGGGUUGGAAUAUGAGGAAGGAGGUUUGCUUCGAUUAUUUAGGGUGAUUGGAGUGAUGGUUGCUGGAGUGCCGGCGCAUUGUCCUCAAGAUUAUGUCAAUUCUAUCAGGUUGGGACUGUCGGAGAUGCUUCUCUCCUUACACACUCACAAAAUGAUGAACAUGCACUGAUUGAUUCAAACAUGUAGUGAAAUUACAUUCUAUUUAUGGCUGAUUUUUAAUUUUUAGUGGAUAUGGGUGUGUGUGUAUAUGUGUGUGUUCAUAAGCCUUAAUUAGACUGUGUUUUAAUUUUUUUUGGA